AACCUCACAACACACCGGCAAAAUGGAGUCUCGCCAAACGAAUCAUUUACGAGACCCGGUGAGCUGCUUUAAGGACUACGAGGAUUAUUUGGACUCCAAAGUCACGCCGAUGGAUUUGUUUUUCCUCAAAAAAAAGGAGUCGGCCCGCAAGCUGGUGGAGCACGGACACAAGGGCACUGUGCUGAGUCUGCAGGAAUUUGAGCAGCGGAAAGCAGCAUCGCCAUCGGCGACCCGCCACCACCAGAACCAGACUACGACGCUCGCGAGCUCAGGAUGUGAUGUCCAGGACAACUUCCUGAGGGCGCUGGCCGAGCGCGAGGAGGCCAACCGCCUGGGGAAAAUGACAUCGCUGAUCUUCAUGCGCGAUGCUAACACUCUGGGACAGGAAGUGUCUGGCUAUAUCGACUACGCCCACAGACUGCAGACGCAGGACUUUGCGCCAUAUUUCAGCGGGAGAAAGAAGCUGGUGCCAGGACCCUCGGAUUUAUGUUACUAUAAUUGGACCAAUCAGGUUUCAGCUUCCAGCUGCAGCUCAAACUAUGAACCGAUUUACGACCACCCUGACGGUCUUCUGUUCAGGAGAAAGAUGGACAGCAAGAUUCUCAAUGUGGACCCCAAGUGCGAUCCCGGCGAGGACUUGAGAAGGAGCGUGGUGCAGUCGGGCCUUUACGCGCAUGUUGUCAUCCUGGACCACGACAUGACAAGCGUCUGAGAUGUACACACACAUACACACACCCUGUAAUUUGAUGGGGGGAACAAAGGAAAAGGUCCACCCGGGGAGGCAGACAUAUCACACAUGCCAUCUGGGCGGAGGCACAGCAACAUUCCAUUUUUAACUUUGUUAUCAUCUUAAUCAUCAACAGUGUUACUUCCACAAUGUAAGAUGUUAUAAUCGGCCUGACUUGCCUUUCAUCAUUUUGCCCUUUUUAGCUCAAUUAAUCUAUUUUGGUCACAAUCUGACCCUGUGGAGUUGAGUUGUGUGUUUUUUAGCGAGUCAUCAAAGUUCUCCCGUGAUGCUGCGCUCACACGCAAGGAUGGAAAAUGGUUUUUUUUCAGACAAUUUAGUGUCAUCUGUCUAGAAUACAUGGUUAAAAUUUAGUGGCAAUCAGAUAAAAUCUUUGAAAAAUG